CAUUUUCAUUUUCUGUUUGGGAAAAAUUUUCUCGCGUUUUCUCUCUGCGGAAACUUCACCUCUCCCCUCCCUCUUUCCCCUCCUUUUUUUUCCCCUCUUCGGAUCCAAUUCCGCCACCCACCUCACCAAAAAUCUGAGAAAUAUAUUUAUUGAUCCUUGAUACCGUGCCUAUAUAGGAGAGGUUCUGCUCUGUUUCGGCAGGAUUCGAUGCCAAGAGGCUGUAAUUAGCUAUCUCCAUCUCUGUGGAUUGCGUUUGUGGGAGUGAAGUAAGAAGGGUUUUUUCCUGUGUUGUUUGGUGGUAAUCACGAUCUCUGAUUUUGGUUUUGAUUAUCUCCGAUCCAGGUUGUGCUCUUUGAUAUACCCUCGUUUCUUAUUAAUUCUGUUGCAAACCCUAGUUUUGAGGAGGUUAGUUGAGGGAAAUUCUUUGAUUCUUUUUGUGUGCUUCUUAUUACAAGAAAAACUCUCUGAAAUUUUUGGUGCUUUGUUUUAGUUAGCAUUCCAAAAUCGAGGGUUUUCUUGUUAGAUUAGGAAAUCCACCACCUUUUUCUUUUCUUGUUCUUUUUCUUGUCUUUGUAUUCAAUUCCUGAUCCGUCUUCCUUCCAAUUUGAAAACAAAAAUUAUCUUCUUUCACUAGAGCACUCCCUCCCAAAAAAAGAAAAGAGAAAAAAAAAAAGAGAAAAAAAAAGAAAAAAAAUACAAAAUCUAGGGUCUUUAGGGUUAUUUGCAUGUAAAAAGAUCUUUUGGGGUUUGCUUUCCAUAUUAUCUGUACAUAGAGAGUGGGUUCGGUUGUCUAUACUAGGAUGGCAUUGAAUUUCUCGCACCGACCCCUCUUUCCGGCUCAUUUAAACGAAGACAAUUUGGUUGCUCCAAUGAGGAUUGCCAAUGGAUACCUCGUUGAGGGUAGGCCGGAUCAGAAUAAUGGAGACAGCUUUUGUAGAUCUUGGCAUUCUAAUGGUGAAAUUGAGGGGUUCUUUGAUUAUGGGAAAGAUAAGGGUGAUAGGAGAUAUGACUCCCAUGAUUCGGUUUCUAAGGACAUUCUUGAUCUUUUGCCAUCUGAUCCCUUUGGCAUGGAUAUCAGCAGUACUGUUACUGCAAUUACUGGUUGGUUAGAGGAUCUGGAAGUUCGUGGGUAUAAAAGGGAUGAAGUGGGGAUGGGUGAUGGGAAUUAUCAGCUAUUUACAGAUUGGAAUUUUCUUUGGAGCAAUGCUAAGAUGUUCCAGGCUUUCCCAGGCGAUGUGGGGUUUGAGCAUAAAGCUCAUAUAACCAGUGGGUUUGGUGUGCCUUCCAAGGAGAAGGAUGUAAGGGAUGCCUCAUGUCAUGGUGGUUUUGGGUCAGCUUGUAAUGUGGAGGAUGUUUUGAGUUAUGGAAAUUCAAAUUUGAGAGAUUGUAGUCAGGACAGUGAGUCUCAUUCUGAUGGAGGAGCUCCCCAUGCAGCUUUGCUUUUUGCCCUUGGUUAUCUAGGGGUGCGGGAUCUUCUCGUAGUUGAGACAGUUUGCAAAUCUUUGCGAUCUACAGUUCAGAAUGAUCCCCUUUAUUGGAGGAGUAUUCACAUAGAUCAACCUCUCAAUGAGAAGAUCACUGAUGAUGCUCUUUUGGAAUUAACCAAUAGAGCACAAGGUAACUUGCAAUGCUUGAGCUUGGUGGCUUGCCCACGGAUUACUGAUGAAGGUCUGAAACAUGUGCUUGAAAAUAAUCCAAGACUAGUGAAGUUGAGUGUGCCUGGAUGUACAAGACUGAGUAUUGAGGGCAUUGUGAAUAGCUUAAAGGAUUUCAACUCUAUGGGUGAUCAAGGUGUCAAGCAUUUGAGAAUUGGGGGGCUUUAUGGUGUCACACAAAAGCAUUUUGAAGAGCUGAAGUGCUUGUUGGGAACAGAUGACCAAACAAGUCUGAAAAAGCGUAAGCCACAUUUUUAUCACAGAGGCAACCUUUAUCUCUCUUGCGAAGAUGAUCGUGCCAUUGAUGUAGAGAUGUGCCCAAGGUGCCAAAACUUGAAACUUGUUUAUGACUGCCCUUUACAAAGUUGUCAGGGGAAGGAACAUGCUACUAAAGUAUGUAGGGGGUGCACACUUUGCAUAGCACGGUGUGUUCAAUGUGGUCGAUGUAUCUAUGAUAAUGAAUAUGAGGAAACAUUUUCUUUAGAGUGGAUCUGUUCAGAUUGUGGGAAGCAGAGGCAGGAUAGAAACAUUGAGACCUCUAAGCAUCACUCUCUCCAUCAGCCAAGCAGCCUCUGUCUUUAUGGCUAAGGGGUAAUACUUGCAAGUUUUCUGAUUUCAGAUUAUGGGUUGGGAUGUUUUUCUGAUAAUGGUAUGUGCCCAGGCAGCAGUGUGAGAUCAUCUUUCCUUUCUAUUUUUUAUUGCCAUAUUGUAGUCUGCUAUCUGCAUUUGUGAUACCUGGAUGGGUCAUAUUUGAGAGGACCUUUGUGUCUUGGUUCUGUUAUAGCUGGAGGAAAGGAUUUGAAAGAAAUGGGAGAUAUAUGGAAAGGAAUAACAUUUAGAACAAGGAAUCUGAAGAAGGCAGGGUCUUCUUUUGUUAGCUUCUUAUGCAGAGAUCUCAAUUCCAUGGUUUCUAUAAUUGGCUACACUAGUUAAUAAGUUCUCUAGUAGAUCAGUUUGCUUGUUGAUGUUGGGAAUUGAAGUGAGUCCUGCAGAUGUGGGCACAACCUCUAGGCAUGUGUUUGCAGUGAAAUUAUUGUAUUGUCAAACAGUGUGCACUGGAAGUUGACUCCUGCUGUAUGAACGAAUGCCCUCAUCCAUUUGACACCUUCGGUGGGGACAGCUUUUGCUUCCAAAAGUGUGUUUUGUGAUCAGUACUUUCUAUGUGGCUGCUAGUGUGGCAGACUGCUCUCAAGCACCUGCUUGCUGGAUGGAAUCAUUUGGGAGGGUGUUUCAGCAUUUCCAGCUUCCCUUUAUUCUAUGUUACCUACUUGGCUUUCUUAAUCACUAAAGUUUUACUUUUGUGGAAGGAUAGCAUGAAACCUUGUUUCUUCCUUGAAGGAAGAUAGUCUGAUCACUUUUGUAAUGUAAAACUGUAUACUUUUUCAUCUCAUAAAAUGUGAUGCUUUUCAAUGUAUGUUGUUGAGGGUUAUUUGUUGGACAUCAGAUAUUUGUGUAACCCUUUAACAUAAAACGUUUUGUGACUACAUAGAAUGCUGUGAAAUAAAUUCAGUUGGCAUCA